UAUAAGGAAGUGAGCGCUCUGAAGCAGCAGCAUACAGCAUUUGCAUCUGUGUGCAGAGGAACGUGUAUCUACCGUACAGUACAGCAGACAGCAUGAGAGUCCUGGUCCUGUUAGUGUGCCUGUCAGUGGGCUGCCUGGCUCACACCCCACGACCAUGCAGAUCCCCAGCACUGCUGACGGGACGCCUCUCUGUGUCCUCCCCAAGUAAGAAGAUGAUGGCCUUCGCCAAGUACAGCUAUGACGCACUGGGAGAGCGCAUUCGCCUCAGAGAGAUUGGACAUUAUGGCAAUAAGACCUUCCACCACGAUGUACUUCUCCUCUACAGACAGCGUGUCAUGUAUAAGAUAAACUACAAGAACCACACAUGUUGCAAGAAGAGGCUGUGUGUAGGCUUCCACCCGAUGGCGAUCCCAAGGAACGCGACCCUGCUGGCACAGGUGGUGUUAGGCAGCUCUUCUGGGCCGGGGCAAGGAGUCCUGGUCAACACCUGGUUGGGAGAGCUACACAUGAAAAACAAGACACACAAGGAACCAGCAAAGUACAUGAGCACUGUCACAGAGUUUGGAUGUGUCCCUGUCAGCACGGUGUUUCACAGCAACAGAACCGGAUGGGUGGUGACCAGCUUCUUCAACAACGUCAUCGGCCUAGCGGACCCUCAAGAGCUCAUCCCUCCAGCCAUGUGUAAGGACGCCCAGCUGGAGGAAGAGGAUGGCGAGGAACCAGAGAGCUUCUUCAGCUUGUUUUAGAAUAGAAUACUUUGACAAAUGUAUUGCACUGUGAGGAUGGCUACUGUACAGUAUAUGACUCUUUGCACUGUGUUUGUUUAGUGGCAGUCAUUGGUGUAGCAUUUCGUAAGCAAGUUGUCUAGGGUGAAAUUAAUCUUAAUUAACUUUAAUGAAUUCUACAUUUGUGGCUUUAUUACACUAAUUUCACAACACUCUAACAAUUAAAAAACAAUCGCAGGGUGGAUGUCAAA